UUACCGGUGACCUGGCAAAGAAGGGGUGUCGGCCAUGGAAGCGAAGUUGGAUGGAAGGAAGGUUCCAAAGAUGUCUACUUCACACAAGGCCAGGCUUAGGCCUAUAUCAAGAGCAGAAACCAUGGUGAAUCUUGCUAUAAGCAAGAUGAGAUCGCAACACACCGAAGGCGAGGCAGAAAAAUCAGCAAAAACUACAGAUUUUGACCCCUUUGACGUUGACCCUGACAACCCCUUUGAUAUUGACCCUGAAUACAGGUUUGAAGUUGACCUUGAAGACCCUUUCGAAGAUGAUCCUUCGUAUGUUCCUGGAAAUGAUUCUUCCAGUUCGAGUGAGGACAGUGAAUUAAAAGACCCCAUACAGACAACUUUGAAGAGAGGACCAAUAGUAAACACUGAGAAGACGAAACCCAAGAGACCCUGCUAUUACUGUGGUGAAGAACAGUCUCAGUUGGUCAGACAUCUCAAGAGAAAACACAAGACAGAGGAUGCUGUGGUUGCUGCACAGCUGCUCCCCAAAGCGGAACAGCUCCGAGCGUUUGAAAAGAUAAGAAAAGAGGGAAUUUUUAGAGUGAAUUUAAGUAUGAUGGAAAAGGGUCAGUCAUUGAUCAGAGAGAGAAGACAAGGCAGCAGUAACAAUGCUGAUGUACGAAUGUGUAAUGGCUGCCAUGGAUUCUUUGAUAGAAAGCAAAUUUAUAGGCAAAAAAGGUGUGUUGAUAUAUCAGGGACCUCUUGUGGCUCUGUUAACUUUUCUACAUCUUGGAAAAGUGCAGAAUCUUUAGGUGUGACCGAAGAAUUUAAAUCUGUUUUAGACAGUUUUAGGAAUGAUGAAGCUGGUAGGUUAUGUCAAAGUGAUUCUUUUAUCAUUUUGUUGGGAAAGAAGUUGUGGGCCAAAAGCAUAAAAAAAGAGAAACAUGUUGUCAUGUCAGAGAUGAGAGUGCUUGCCAACUUAGUUCUUAGAAUGAGAAUUGUAUCUCUAAACGAAAACCUUUGUGCACAUAAUGUAGUAGAAAGAGAGUAUUUUGAUACCCUGUGUGAUUCUAUCAGAGAUCUCACAACAGGAGAAAAUGGAGAAGUGAAACCUGGCUUAAAACUGAAGAUAGGCUUCUUGUUGAAGAAAAUUAUAAAGAUUGCCAAAGGAACCUACAUUCAAGCUGGUGAAAUAGAGAAAUCAGUGGAGAUUGACAGGUUUUCUGCAGUACUGGAUCUCAAUUGGGACUACAUCUUUUACACUGCACAAGUCAUGUGUGAGCAAAGACGAAACACACUGAGGAAACCACAGGCAAUGCCGAGUGAGGAAGAUAUUUCCAAGUUGAGAGUGUUCAUUUUGAAUGAGAUGCACAAGUUGUCAGGUGAUGAGUUCAAGAACUGGGAUCUCCACGAUUUUGUGAAGAUGCGGAAUUUAAUUGUUAGUAGAUUGACAAUGUUCAAUGCCAGAAGAGGAGGCGAGCCUGCGAGGCUUACUCUGCAGGAAUGGAAAGAGGCUGCCAAUGACUCAUGGGUUGAUCCUCAACUUGUUCAAACCGUCAAAGAUCCACUGGAAAAAGCCCUUUUCAAACAAUUUAAAUUGGCAUACCAGGCCGGAAAAGGUUCAAAGAAACUGGUACCCAUAUUGAUUCCCAUUGACACUGUGAAGCCUAUCAUGAAGUUGGUUGAACAACGUAAAGAAGUGGAAGUAUCAGAGGCCAAUCCAUUCCUUUUUGCAAAUACUGGAACUUCCCUUGACCAUGCUGUUGGCUGGCAAUGCAUAAAAGCUGUUAUCAAAAUUAUGGGUCCUGAACUGGAAAAACCAGAGCUUUUGAUAGCAGACAAAUUUAGACACAGAAUGUCAACACUGUUUGCUGUCUUAGACCUACCAGAAAAUGAACGAGCAACAUUUUACAGACACAUGGGUCAUUCAGAAGCUAUUAACAAGCAUGUUUAUCAAUGCCCUCUCUCCAUUGGAGAAGUUGUCAAUGUGGGUGGUUUCCUAAAGGCUGUUGAUGAGCCCUCUACUACACGUAGUAAGCUGCCAGUGUUAGCAACUGCAACAGCAAAUCCCACAACAGUUACAGAAGCCAGCAGUGAAUUCCAAUCAACAGAAAACAAUGGACAGGGUCACAUAAAUGAAUCUGAGACAGAACUACUGACUGCUCAACAGCCAACUCCCGAAGAGCUAGAAGAGUUCCCAGAUUUGUCUGAUGAAAGCAGAAAGAAAAAUGAGGCCAUAGGAGCAACAAAAGGGAGAAGAUACUGCAAAUGGUCUAUCGAAAACACAAGGCUGGUGAAAGAGUUUUUUAGAGAAACAAUUCAAGAUACCUCUUCCGUAGGGUUCAAAGGCUCUCUGCCAGGGAAGUCUGAUAUUAUGGCCUUCCUUGACAAGCAUCCAAUUUUCAGGGAAUCGGAAGAGAGUAAGUUCUCACUGAAAGAGCAAAUUGCUCUUGUGAAGACAAAGAUCUUCAAUGAAAGAAACAAAGCACGCUCAUCUUUUAAAAACUUGACAGCAUAGGAUAGCUAUGUGCUUAAGUAUAUACACUAAGCCUAAACUAUACUUUAGACUUUACCAAGUUUAAGAUAAUUAUUUGGUAAACUUUUCAGGGAGCAGAUUUGUCUCCAGCAUUUUUGUAUUGCUUCUGAACUUUUCCAUGGUUUUUUUAGGUUCAUAAGAUGAAGCGGCAGAGAUAUAUUGUAUUUAAUUGUUAUAGUUGUGGUUAUGUAUUUGGCAGAGCUUUUCCUUUUUAGAUCUAUAAUCACGAAAUAAAUUAUUAUAAUGGAAACAAAAAGCAAAUGACUGUUGUUCAAUCAAUGGCAAAAUUAUGGUGAAAAAAAAAUAAAGUCUGAAAGCUUUUCUUUUUCAUACUAAGCAUAAAGUCUUAUAGAGAUUUUCAAAGGACAAAUCAUUAUUUUUUUGUGGGAAAAAUCCAGGAGGAGUACCUCAGUAUCUUUGGAUGUCAGAGACAAUAUUGUUUGCCAUCUGUUGUAGUUGUGAUUCUCAUUAUACCUUUUUCUUGUUUCGGUUAUCAUGCUCAUUAUACGCAAAUUCAUGGAAACAUAAAUUUAGUUGCUAUCAUAUUUCCUCUGACGUGAUUAGACACCAUGUUCCCUUCACAUGCCUGGGCAGGAUCAAUCUUCCUUUGUUUGUGUUCCAUUUCUGAUCCACAAGUCCUCCUAUGGGAGGUUUGAGGGUUUUCUGUGUAGCAAUGCUAUGUGAACUACAUACCAUGGUUGGGCAGGAAAACUCUGACAUUGAUCUUUCAUUUUAUACUCUUUUGUAAAAGGUUAUUAAAUUUAUUUGUGUUUUACACACAUUUUCAUUUGUGCUUUGGUAUACCAUGUGUGUAUUUGCGCCUGUAAGGUGUUGAUGUAUUGAGAUUGAUGCAUGAUAUUACUAAAGUUUCAAUAAGUCAAGUCUAAAGUACAUUGCGCUACAUAUUGUAUUGGCACGUUGUCAUUUGUCACAUUAAAACCAACUUGCCUUUAAUGUCAUUGACUUUUUGCCCUCUUCAAGUUACUUUUAUCAAAAUGGAAGAUCAGAACAUGAAUACACUUUUCUGAGAAAUAUAUGAUGUACUUUUGUUCUGUU